AUGGACGUGCGUACCUGGCUGGGUUUGGCACAGCCGCUGCGGGAGCAAGGGAUCGACACCUCGGCCGCCGUGGCAAGAGUCAACAGUUCGAUGCUUGCUUGCCUGCCCUGCUCUUUUGCGUCCUCCAUUUACCGCCUUUUUGAUUUCGCUGUGCUUGUUAUUCAGAUUCAAGCUUUGCCUUCCGCCCCCCCUCCCUGCCCGCCCGAGAUCGCCUCUUCGCAUGGCUUCCCCGUUGCUUGGCUCGUGUCCACCGCUUGCGUCGUCGGUGUGUGCGCUUGCUUGCGUGCGUUCGUGCGUGUCGGGAUGGCGCUGCUGUCCGAGACGUGGGUGAAGGACACCCGAGACACGGUUGGGGUCAGCAUGGCAGUCGGGCAUACGCAACAACUUCGCCGCCUUGAGGCUCGAGUCGCCGGCCAGACCCGCGAGACGGGCAAGACGUGCAAGACGUGCAGUGCAGGACAGGCAAGACAAGGGAUGCUUCGAGAGGAGGUCAUGCGUCCUGAGAUGCAGGCCUUGCGGCCGUCCGACUGGUUCGCAGCGCCCUCGCCCAGCAACACCGCGUCUCACUUUGCCAUCCAUGUGCCCUCCCAUGUCGGCGUGAACCGUCAACCCAUCCGUCGGCUCUCACGUCCAUGA